CUGUUACAGGAAGAGCUGCGUGCGCCUGGCAUCCUGCGGACUGAAGAGAAGGUCUUCUUUCGGCUCUCUGACUGAGCCAGCUUCUCCUACCUACACCCUUCCGGCGUAGGAUUUGGGGAACGUCCGGGGAAAGGCCCUUGUCCCUGCCCAAGAGGGCGGGAAAAGAAGGACCUUCACUUGCAGCAGCGCCCGAGGAAGACUCGCUCCCGCUUGCUGUCGGCCCCAAAAGGCACGGCGCUUCUUCGGCUGGUUCGUUAACUCCUCCGCGCCUCGCCUUUCUUUUUCGCUCGCCUCUUCGCGCUUGCCGGCGAUGUCUCCCCGCGCGGCUCGGACGCUCCUGGCCGCCGCCUUCGCUCUGGCACUUGGUGCCUUCGUUCCCACCCGUACCCAAGAAGAUCUCUCAGCAGCAGCAGCUGCGUCGUCGUCGUCGGUCGAAGACCACUUCGCUCGGGAUGUCUUCGCCGUCUUCGGAGCUAACCGGAGCCUCUCGACCGAGCAAGUCGGCCAGAUGCUGCAGACGCUGGGAGCCUGGCACAAGCUGAGCGAGUCCUGGCCGGCGGGAUCGCUGGCGCAUCUGCACUAUAACCAGUGCAUGUCUGCUGAAGAUAUUUUUUCUCUGUAUGGAAUGUCAAACAGGAGCAGGGUUAUGGAGACCACCUUCUCUACAAUAUGUCCUGCUGUCUUACAACAACUGAUUUUUCACCCCUGUGAAAAAUCUGUACCCAAAAGUGGUUCCAAACCAUCUUCCACAGAAGUUUGGGGCUUUGGAUUCCUUGCUGUGACUAUAAUCAGCCUUGCUUCACUUCUUGGAUUGGUUUUAACUCCUCUUUUAAAGAAGGACUAUUUCCCUAAGAUUUUAACCUACUUUGUAGGUUUGGCUAUUGGAACACUCUUCUCUAAUGCAAUUUUCCAGCUUAUUCCAGAGGCAUUUGGAUUUGAUCCCAAAGUAGAUAACUACGUUGAAAAAGCAGUUGCAGUUUUUGGUGGAUUCUACAUCUUAUUCUUUGUGGAAAGAGUUCUUAAAAUGUUGUUGAAGACCUAUAGUCAAAUGGGUCAGAGACACUUUGAACCUGAAGAACUGAAACUUCCCCAAGGUCAUUCUGCUCCUCCUCCUCCUGCAGAAUCAUUCAAACCAGUCAAUGGAACAAUGUGCUAUGCAAACCCAGCUGUAGCAGAAGCUAAUGGAAAUUUGGGUUUUGAUAAUGUCAGUGUGAUCUCUGGACAGAAAGAAGAAAUGCAAAGUAGUUCAUGCAAAUGUUUCAGAGGACCUUCCCUGUCAGACAUCGGUACAAUUGCCUGGAUGAUCACAUUAAGUGAUGCUUUGCACAACUUCAUUGAUGGACUAGCCAUUGGGGCUUCAUUCACACUUUCCCUGCUUCAGGGAAUUAGCACAUCUAUAGCAAUCCUAUGUGAAGAGUUUCCUCAUGAAUUAGGGGAUUUUGUCAUCCUCCUUAAUGCAGGGAUGAGCACAAGGCAAGCCUUGUUUUUCAAUUUUUUGUCAGCGUGCUCCUGUUAUAUUGGCCUAGUUUUUGGUAUAAUAGUAGGCAACAACUUUGCUCCAAACAUCAUCUUUGCACUUGCUGGAGGCAUGUUUCUAUACAUCUCCCUCGCAGAUAUGUUUCCAGAGUUGAACGAUAUGUUGAGAGAAAAAGUAACCGGAAGAAAAACAGAUCUCGUGUUUUUCCUGAUUCAAAAUGCUGGAUUGCUCACAGGGUUUACUGCCAUCCUGCUCAUUACUCUCUACGCAGGAGAAAUUGACCUGGAGUAAUGUGAUAAUGAAGACAAUUUAGUAGAUUAUAAAUGGAAGAACUUCACAAAGGAACUUGGAGGUAAUAAAGGUACCUUGUUUGCACCAGUCAUGGAACAAAACAAAACUUUUUUUUCCCCUAAAAAUAAUAUAUAAAGAUAAAAAUAAUAUGAAAACAUAUAAAAAUAAUUAUCUAAUGUGUUCUAGGAUAGCAUUUUCCUCUAUGCGCUUGUCCUAUGAGAGUCACUUUUACAUCAGUGCAGUAACAACUUAGUGGUAUGCGAUUUUUCAUCUGUAAAACGAAUAAAUAAACAAAUAACUAUUUAUUUCAACGAAAAUGUACCACCAAAACUGUGUAUCAGAAAUGCCUCUGGAUUUGGAACUCUGUUUGUACUUAAGACCUGUUUUAAGUGGUAGUAUGCAGUGGGUACAUACGCAGUAUGAUCCAAGCUAAAGUGGUUUAUGCAUCAAUUUUAUAUAAAAAUAUAUAGAAAAUUAAGUCCUAUUGAGGACAAUGGCACAUAUUCUAAGGCAGUGUUUCUCAACCUGGACAACUUUAAGCUGUGUGGACUUCAGCUCCCAGAAUUCCCCAGCCAGGACUGGCUGGGGAAUUCUGGGAGCUGAAGUCCACACAGCUUAAAGUUGUCCAGGUUGAGAAACACUGUUCUAAGGUAUGUGUGUAUAUCUGGGUAGGAGGAACCAUGCUACCAUUUUCAGUGUCCUGCUUACCCCUCCCAUUCUUGAGUGAGCAUUACAUAUUUUCUUCAUUAAUUCCAAUUAAUGGUAUCAAUUUCUCCAUUUUCUGGUAAUAGUCUGGCAGCUGGAAGACUUUGAUUUUACAGAUCUCUAGCCUUUGGAAAAUGGUUCCUUCUCCCUGCUGGUACUGAAGGAAUACCAGCUUUUUUUAAAAAAAAAAUUUCUGCAGCCUCACAAGGAUGGCUCAUUUUCACCUAGGAGUGACUUCUUCCUUCAUCAUUGAAGAAGGAAAUCUGAAUAUUUCUAUGGCCACCAGGGUCCAUAGGAUUAUUGCUUUAGUUGACAAGACCCUCUUUUUAGAGAAGCCACUGCCUUUUUGUCACUACAAUACAAUUUCAAAAUAGGCUUAAAGGUUCCCUCCACAGGGAUUUUUAUUAUUAUUUUUUUAAAUACUGUAGCAAGAUUUUUAAAAAUCAUGCACAAAUUCUAAUUGCUAAUUAAUAUUGGAGUAAUCAGACUUACUUUUAAUUCUUCUCUUUCAUGCUUAUGGGAAUGGCAUCAAAAAUAAAUUAAAAAUUCAUCAACUUUUUAAUAAUUAAUAAUGUUUAUACUUUGCUGGUGUUUUUAAAGGAAGGCGCUAGAUUAAACAUUAGACCACCACGAAGCAUUUGACUUUUGUUACUGACUUUCAACAUGAGUCAGUGAUACCAUUCUUGAAACCAAACUGUUAAAGCUUCUUAUUAUAAGUUCUGUAGAAAUGGAAGGAAUAAGAAAGCAACAACUGUUAGCUGAAUUGCAUGCCUAGAUAUGUUAUAAAUACUGUCUGGCUGUGUAAACUCUGAUACAUGCACAAAGCUCUCUCAUAGGAAUUAUGUGCCAAUUUUAAUGGGAAGUCGAGCUUCAUAUCCAAACACUGAAUGGAGAAGCUGCUCAUGUAAAAGUUCCAUAUGAUUGUUAACCCAAUAUACAGGAAUGCAUCACUGUGCUCAGCAGACUCAGUGAACUGGUGCAUGUCCAAUAUAAUUUAUUCUAGGGAACAAUGGUUCCUCAAUCCUUUAAGGAGGGAUCUUUCCUAGAAGUGCUACAUGAAAUUCUUUAAUCCAGGGGUGAUUACAACUUUUUUGUAUUUUGUAUUUUAAGAAGACUUUGUGUGCCCCAGGAGUCAUGGCUGUGAUGUAGAGGUAUUACAGAAUCAGUCAGAGUAGAAAAUAUUGACAAUUUUGGGUACCAAAGGUAUAGGUUUUCAAAAGUUUAACAUACCUAUUUUAGCUUUUAUUUCCUCAAAGUUACUCAUGCUGCCCAAAUCAUCAUUUUAGUAAAGAAAACACAUUGUAUUCUUGCAUUUAUUUCUCCAUAUUUGAGUUUACAUCUUGAUGGGUAUGUAUUCUUCUUGCUGUAAUUUAGUUCGGAUUGAAAGUUAUAUGCACUCUAAAAUAUAUACAGAUUGAUAUUUUUUUUUUGCAAAUAAUAAUGAUAACAGAAGAAACUUGAUACUGCAGACAGGAAUAGGAAGAAAGAAAUACAUGUCAUAUUUCUCUUCCAUCCUACAGCAGUUUGGAGGAAGUGUGCAAUAUUUAUUACAAAUUAAGCAUAUUUUCUACAGUACUAGGAAAUUUCAACUGGGUCAUUACUUUGUAGAUACAUGAUAUACUUACCUGCUUGACUUUUGAGGUGAGAUUUGACUUUGUUGCUAUGUUUCCUGUGAAGCAAUAAACUAGAUUUAUUGAAAAUGUAAA